AAUAACGUGACGUCCAAUCACAGAGAGGCGACGCUCGUCCCAACUUUAUUUACUGAGGGAGCUUUGUCAGGUAUCUGGGCUCCAUCUCAGAGCGAGAUGCAUGGACUCAGUCCGGCUCUUUGAAGCUCAGCGUUUGUCGUGAGCGUCGCCUCUUCUGCUUCUCACAUUGUUCUGUUCCAGACUCGUGAUGUUUUUCCUCCUGAAUGCGUUCAUCGCUGUGUCUCUGCUGAGGAGCCUGGGCUCGACCACAGAGCCAGUGCCUUGGCUCAGUCUGUGGGGGGAGGUGGCCGACUUCACCUUCUUGUGCAGCGACUGGAGACUAAAGCCCCAUGUUUCCAUCCCCGCCCUGCAGGAGUUCACCGUCUGCUUCCACCUGAAUCUCGAGACAUGGGAUUCCUCUCCUUGGACCGCCUUCAUGUACUGCCAUCCUUACGGUCGGCACGUUGAGCUGGGCUUGGGGGGGCAGAUGGGCAGUUUGGUGGUCUGGUUGUUCGGGGUGCAGUGGACGACCCCUCAGAUGGACCUCCUCCUGUCCCAGUGGUACUCAUUUUGUCUGACCUGGUCACAUACGAAGGACAGACCUACCCUGUACGUUAACGGAGACGCCGUGGUCCUAACGGCAGACCGUGACGCAAACACUUCUUGCUUCGUUUCGCCCUCGAGCUGCAACCUGUCCGCGAACGGAUCGCUCACUCUGGGCAUCGGACACGGCCUCGUCAACGGGAACAUCCAGAUCAUCCCUUUCACCGUUCUGUUUGGGAAGAUGUCCCUGUUCCGGAUGUGGGCGAAGGAGCGCAGCGAACAGGAGCUGGCGUCACUGAGCUGUACGGAGGGCGACCUGGUGAAGUGGGAGGAGGACUACUGGGACACUCGGCUCUGUACUCCAUUCCCUGAUCCCACCCUGCAGUGCAAAUGGUCCUUCUACGACGUGACACUGAUGUUCGUUAUUUUACGUCUCGAUAAGAACGAGACUGAGCUCCACACGGCCAGAGACGUCGCACAUCAAUGGCUCAGAGAGAAGCUGCCGGUCGGGAUGUAUUUACACAGCGUGUCUGUGUUUGAUGUAACCAGACCCACAACAGAGGAGGUUGUAAAAGCAUCACAUGGAGACAGUGCAGUAAUCAGACCAGAGCUCCGCGGAGCAGCAGUCCCAUAUAACUGGGGUCUUCCCAAUAUGAACAGGUUCCACUGCCUGGUUCACGUGAACGUCGAGCCCAGCUGGAAUGUGGCAGCCGUGCAGUUUGAGUUGCACAAGGACCUGAGGAUCCCCUACAGAGCCCUCGGGAGGCUCCUGCUACUGGCUGAUGCCAACAGCAUUCACACCACCCCUACAGAGAACUUCACCGAUGCCACCGUCAGCCCUGAGGACGUUUCGACUCCCUCCCCUGACUCCACCACUAAUACCCCGACCACUAAUGCCACCACAGGCUCUUCUUCCUCUACACCCCCAGCCUCCACCGCCGGUCCUGGAAACAUCUCCGAGCUGUACUUUGAGGUCAAGAUGAACGUGUCCAUAACAGGCGCCCCCGACCCAGAGCAGAUCCUCUUCACCUGGCUCAACUCCAGUCUACCCGACGACUCCAUGAUGGUGCUCGACUUUCAGAUGAACCCUCGGCUUCAAAGACAACGUUCUAAGCUGCAGUCAAACCUCCCCACCUCUGACGGAGGGAGUGAAUAUAGAAAGGUGUUCGUAUACGGAGACUCGAGAGAGAGUUGUGUUUUCCAGGUCCAGGUCCUACAGCUGCUGUCAGAACCACAGGAAACAGAGGAGCAGAUCCGAGGCCUCCUCCUGACGCCCUACAACGACGGAUCUGUGUCCUUAGUGGCCGAGGACAUCCUGAUUAGCCGCAUACUGAAAUUUAGAUGCACUGCAGAAACCCACCAGAGCCUGAAGGGUCUGUUCACGUGGCCCGACACCUCAGGAGGAAGAAACGCCACUCAGACGUGUCCCAGAGACCCAACACACUACGCCACCCGCCACUGCAAACUUCACCUCAGUACCCACUGGAUGGCUCCAGAUGUGGAGGACUGCCCUCCAGUGGUGGAAACCAUCUCUGAUCUGGAGCACGUUGAAGUCACAGCUGAUAACGCUCUGAACGUGGUGGAGGUGAUUGGAAGUUUACUUGGGAACCACUCCAACCUCAACUAUGAUGAACUGGCCACGAUCCUCAACAAGCUGGAGGACGUGGUUAACGUCAGCAUGGUCACUCCAAACCUCGGCCAAGCGCUCGUCAACGUCAUCUCAGACGUCCUGGAGUCAGACAGCGACCUGAUGCCUUUCACGAACACCAUCCUGAACAUGACGGAGGCGGUGGGAGACAAGAUGGUGGGCUACAAGGGCUCCUUCACCCUGAUCGCUCCGGCUCUUGCUAUCUCAGUGGUGGACGUCGUCCCAGGACAGUUUUCCAGUUUAACUUUUGGAGUUUCAUCUGACCAGGCCGGCACUAAGCCAGAGAUUUUUAUCAACACGCAUCCCUUCAAUGGCACUGUAGCGUUCAUUUCGCUGCCCUCAGCCCUGCAGUACAGCUUCCCCCAGCGAGACCCGGACCAGAACCCACCAAGGGUCCAGUUUCAGUUCUACGGCAUCCCGCUGCUCUUCAAUAGUGGUGAAAUUGGGAAAACCCUGAACACCUUCGUGGUGUCUGCCUGUGUGACCAACGCCAGCUCUCCAAUCAAAGACCUGGCUGAAGACGUCAAAGUCAUCCUCCACCACCUCGUACCUAACACACUUUCCAAGGACGUUCAGUGCGUUUACUGGAACUUCAAUAAAAACGAUGGACAUGGAGGCUGGGACGACCACGGCUGCAGAAAAUACAACACCAGCUCUGAAUACACAACCUGCCUGUGUGAUCAUCUCACACACUUUGGAGUUCUUCUGGACGUGUCCAGGACUGAGUUGGACCCGGCUAAUGAACAGAUCCUGACCAUCAUCACCUACGCCGGCUGUGGAGUCUCCUCACUCUUCUUGGGAAUCACUAUUCUCACUUACAUUGCCUUCGAAAAGCUUCGUCGAGACUAUCCCUCUCAGAUCCUCAUCAACCUCUCUCUGGCUCUACUGGGUCUGAACCUGGUCUUUCUGCUCAACUCCUGGUUGACCUCCUGGGCCCUGGAUGGUCUUUGUGUAGCUGUGGCGUCCAUGUUGCACUACUUCCUCCUGGCGUCGUUCACCUGGAUGGGACUGGAGGCCGUCAACAUGUACUUUGCCCUCGUCAAAGUGUUCAACGUCUAUGUGCCCUCGUACAUCCUCAAAUUCUGUGCUCUGGGAUGGGGUCUCCCUCUGGUCACCUGCAUCCUGGUGCUCAUCGUGGACAGAGAGGCUUACGGCCGUCACCUCUACACAGAUACUCAGUCUACGCUGGAACCACCGGGCAACGCUGACAACUUCUGUUGGAUCCAGGACGAUGUGACGUUUUACGUGACCGUGGUUGCCUACGCUGCGCUCGUCUUUCUCUUCAACACUGGGGUGUUUGCAGUGGUUCUGGUCCAGAUCCGUCGGAUGCGUGUCAACAGCCCGGCGGGUUCACAGAGUGGACUCAUGCACGACCUGAAGGCGGUCUCCAGUCUGACCUUGCUACUGGGACUAACGUGGACCGUUGGCUUCUUCACCUGGGGACCAGCCAGAGUCGUUCUGCUCUACCUGUUCGCUGGACUCAACACCCUGCAAGGACUUUUCAUUUUCCUCUUCCACUGUCUGAUGAAGGAGAACGUGAGGAAACAGUGGAGGAUUCAUCUCUGCUUCGGACGUUUUAAACUUGAGGAGUUCUCUGAGUGGAGCAACUCAGCAUCUGUUGGAGUUCAGGCCAAACCCAAAAUCAAACCUCCACAAGUGUCAGUACCAUCGGUGCGUUCGGUCAAGUCCAGUUCCACAGACAGUACGUCAGCUUCCUCCGACUCCAGCCAGAGAGACUCAUCCUGCAAGAGGCCGAACCUGGGUCUUUUUGUGAAUUCCCCGGCUCUUCCUGGAGCUCAGAGCAGCUUCUCAGGUUCAGGAGCUCUGCCUCCCUACAGGGGGACGAGGAAUCACUUACUAGACCAGCAGGAACAAAGAUAAAACCCACGGAUACAUGAAGAAACACAGCGUUCUCCACCAGACUCAGAGACGUGUUACUCUUGCAGCGUAGAGCCGACUCUGUUCCAGCUUCAUUAGAUAAUUGGCUUCUAUUGUUGUUUUAGUUUUUUGUUUUGCUAAACAUCGUAAAGAAGCCUGUAAUUAUUGAAGACAGGAGCAGUUGCAUCAGUUCCAAGGAGGAGUCGGUUGCCAAGCAACUGGUGAGUGGAGCCAUGGCGACAAUGAGACGUGGUACCAACAGUUUGUGUAAAAAAUUUAAAAAUAAUAAUAAAGAUUUUGAGAUGA